GCAACAAGCUCAAGCUGCACAACCGGUUAGACGUCUCCAGACCCGGAAGAUGCGUGUAUAAGGGAUGGGGAAUAUCUCUCUUCAUUUCGAGUGAUUAAACUUCACCAACACUGACGAAACUUCAACUCCUGUCAGUUCCUCUUGUCAUACAUCAGCUUUGAUAAAGAUGGCAGCGUCCGCGAUCUUCAUCCUGGACUUGAAAGGCAAGGUGCUCAUAUGCCGGAACUACAUGGGCAACAUAGACGUCAAUGAGAUUGACAACUUCAUGCCCAUAAUGAUGAAGAGAGAGGAAGAUGAAGAUUUGUCACCAGUUAUUAUUCAUGGCUCCACCCACUUCCUCUGGAUAAAGCACAGCAACCUGUACCUGGUUGCAGUAACAAAGAAGAAUACCAAUGCUGCUCUUGUAUACUCCUUCCUGUACAAAUUAGUUGAGGUGUUCACUGAAUAUUUCAAGUCACUGGAAGAAGAGAGUAUUCGAGACAAUUUUGUGACAGUAUAUGAGCUAAUGGAUGAAGUCAUGGACUUUGGAUUCCCUCAGACCACUGACAGCAAGAUCUUACUAGAGUACAUCACCCAACAGGGGCAUAAGCUGGAGGUGGGAGCGCCACGGCCCCCGGCUACAGUGACAAAUGCUGUGUCUUGGAGGUCAGAGGGCAUCAAAUACAGGAAAAAUGAAGUCUUCAUGGAUGUCAUUGAGUCUGUUAACCUGUUGGUCAGUGCUACAGGCAGUGUUCUACGAAGCGAGAUUUUGGGCAGCAUCAAACUCAAAGUCGUUCUGUCAGGCAUGCCUGAGUUAAGACUUGGACUCAAUGACAAAGUUCUCUUCGAGAUCACUGGCCGAGAGAAGAGUAAGUCUGUGGAACUGGAAGAUGUGAAAUUUCAUCAGUGUGUGCGUCUCUCUCGUUUCGAGAACGACCGGACUAUCUCUUUCAUCCCACCUGAUGGAGAAUCCGAACUCAUGUCUUACAGACUCAAUACCACGGUGAAGCCUCUAAUAUGGAUUGAGAGCGUAAUAGAGAAGUUCUCUCACAGUCGAGUAGAGAUCAAGGUUAAGGCCCGCAGUCAGUUCAAGAGCCGCUCCACUGCCAACAAUGUGUCCAUCUUAGUUCCUGUUCCAAGUGACGCUGACUCCCCCAAAUUUAAGACCACCACAGGCCAGGCUAAAUGGGUUCCUGAGAAGAGUGCUGUAGAAUGGAACAUUAAGUCCUUCCCUGGUGGGAAAGAGUUCAUGAUGCGAGCUCAUUUUGGAUUGCCAAGUGUGGAAAGUGGUGAACUCGAGGCCAAGCGACCAAUUACGGUGAAGUUUGAGAUUCCAUAUUUCACAGUGUCGGGCAUUCAGGUGCGAUACUUAAAGAUUAUCGAGAAGAGCGGAUACCAGGCAUUACCGUGGGUGCGUUAUAUUACUCAGAGUGGAGAUUAUCAGCUGAGGACCAACUGAGAGAGGACAGCAUAUGUUGUGUGUUCUAUCUGUCCUGUUCCAUCAGCGAGACAACUACUGCCUUUCACACAGCAGUCAGACGGCUGUACCCUUCCUAUUGCUUUUGUCUGGGAUCAGGUUUUACAAAUUAAACAAGCAAGUCAAACCGCAAAGUUACUGAGAAACUAUGAUUGAUUGACUAUGAAACAAUUGACUUUGGAUCGUAAUCUUCAGAAACUUCCUAGAAUCUACCUAUAUAUGUUGUAUUUAAAGAGAUAUUUUCAUGUCGUUCCAAACCAUGUAUGUAUUUCUUCUAUUUAAACACAAACUUUUUGUCUAUACAAUAGAAGUUAUUUUGGACCCCAUUGGCUUUCAUUAUAAACAAAAGAAGUUGAAACAUUCAAAAUAUCUUCUUUUAUGCUCUACACAAGAAAAAAAAAACACACAGAUUCAGGGUUAUUUUCAUUACUUUACUAAAAUAAAAUAUAAAAAACGUAAAUUUAUUUUAUUUCAGCUAGUUGCCAAGCAAACAUUUCUCAUUUUCGUUUAGUUUAAGUUGAAGUACCAGAAUAACUAAAUAAACUUAAUAAAAUCUAUUCUCCCAUUUUAUAUCAGGUGUCUUUAACUAUUGCGUACUAACAUUUAAAUUAAUCAUUUGAUACAAUGCACUGAUGUACAUGCAUGUUUUUACAAUGUACUUAUAUUAUUAAUUACCUGCAUGUAAUAAAAUUUUUCUGUUAUUACAUACACUGUUGACCUUUUAACCCACUCUUAAACCUACCCAUAACACCAAACCUGUCCCUAACCUUACCUGUAUCCCUCCUCAAUAGCAGCAAAAGUGUUUUGCUAUACAACAUUAACACAAUAUAAGUACAUUGUACUUAUUUUUUUUUCAUGUAAGUACAUAGUAGUUAAGGACACACUAUAAAGUGUGACAAAAAACUAAUAAAAAUGACCAAAACAAAAUUACUUCAACUAAAAUUAAAAUAAAAACAGAAAAACUAUAAAAGUAUAUCGAUGAUACUAAAAUAGCACCGUACAGGUUUGGAACGACAUGAGGGUGAGUAAAUUAGAUUUUUUGGGUGAACUUAAGCUGCUUAUUUUCAUUUCUGCUGUAGGUGGAGGGACUGUCUUUCAGUGUGAUAAGAUCUUAUGUCUGUAGAGCUGUAAACAUAACCACAGGCCCAAUGAAAUUAAUACCUUGUGCUCAAAAUCAAUGAUUAAUAAGGCAGCGUACUGUUAGGACAGCAGAGUAACACUAUAUUUUCACCACAGCGGCCCGUAUCUUUAUCUUUGGUUUGGUUUGUUUGUGCUCACUCAAAAUACCAUGAAUGCCUAGACACUUUUAAUGGUAAAAUAAAAAGUGGAAAUGCUUAAUGGCAUUACUAUGAACCUAACAGCAAAUAACUCCAUGUUUUAAUUAUGAUUGUGUUUGUUUCUUUAGUCCACAGCAGUCAACACAUCUGAUCACACAUUACUUUUUUGUAGGUCAUUGUAAGUGUUCACACUGGGAAAAUCCUCCCAGAUUUCCUUUCAUUCAGCAUGCAUUGCACCACUUGUUUUAUCAGUGCGACGUGUGUUUGUGUGUGUGUGUAAUACUGUCUGCCACCUCUGCAGAGGCAGCAGAAUAUAUUAUUUGUCACGUCAAAACGGGUUCCUCCCUCAUUUAUAUACCAAAGGUCAAUGGCGUGACAACAUCUGAUAUUUAUUUCACACUGAAUCUGAAAUAUGUAUUUUUGAUCUUUUUUUAUUGACAACUUUUUUGCUCAAUAGUUAUACUAUACUAAAGGUCAUUGUGAGAAAAUAAAUGGAUUUUUGUUUUGGCAA